AUGUACACGACAAUUUCAAAUUUACAAGCGAAUUCAUUCGCCAAACCACUUGAUUCAACGCCUGAAAUUCAACAACAAUCGCAUUUAGAAAGUUAUUAUCCGUUUUUGUAUUCUGAUUUAAAUUCGGAAUCAAGUUUAUUUGAACGUGCAGCACCAAGACUAGGUCGAGCUGCACCUCGCCUUGGCCGCGCUGCCCCACGUCUUGGUCGAGCUGCACCACGUCUUGGACGUCGAUUUAAUCAUGCUGGUCGAUAUUAUGAUAAUGAGGUUGAUGGUGCCGGUGAUUAUUUAGUUGACACAGUCGAACAAUGGGGACAUGAGAAGAGAGCACUGCCAAGAUUAGGACGAAGCACGUUCUAUUUUGAUGAUGAAGAACAUCAUUCAAAUACACAAUAG